AACGGCGACGGUCGCCUUGACGCGAAAAGACCUGAGUAAUGAUCUUCAAACACACGGUCACAUUUAUCAAGGUGCCAACAGGAUUGGCAGGAGAAAACACACGGUUGGGAAAACAUUCAGGGAUAAUGUGCCGAGUUGGAACCGCUGGCUGCAAAAAAAGGUUUACUUUAAAUUAUUUUAGCAAAGGAAAUCAGUAUAAAUUUACACCUAAUUAUUCAAUUCGCUUUGUGAUACCACUAGUAAUCCCACAGCAUGAUGCGCCACCAUCGUGCUUGGGAGUUGCAACUCAUUAUUAUUAAUUCCAUCAGUUUUCAUUAAUUAUUAUUAUUUUUUUUAAUGUGACAUUUUGUUUUAAGUGGGCAGUUUUAAUCUAAUACUUAUUUUGUGAAAACAAUCCUUUGGAAUUGUCAAUAGUCUGAAAUAAAAAAGCUGACCUUCAAAAUCUGGGUCAAUAGAAGGACUUUGCCAACAAGUUAAUGGCUGAAGAUUUUUCUUUUUGUUUGUUUUGAGCUGCUCACAGACUGACACAAUGAGCCCUUUUGCUUUUCGCAAAACUUCCCACACUCUCUUGUUAUUUUAAUGACAAAUUUGACAGUGGUGCUCUAUUCCAGGUGCCAAACUCUCUCCGCAGCCACACACGUGUGUGUGUGUGUGCGGGUGUGUGUGUGUAUGUGUGUCUUCUCGAGAGAAAAAUUAACAAAGACCUCAAUUGAGGCCCUUGUUUCCUGAGCAAACAAAAUAAAAAAAUCUCUCGCACUCGUUUCCUGUUAAUUCAUGUGAAACCGGACCUUGAUCGGUUCUAAGUGUGACACAGGAAUGUUGUGCCACAGACGGCUAAAGGUGAAUCACGCAAUGGUGCGCCUGCAAAAUGAAAAUAAAAAAUGCGGGAGUUUCCCCCCUGGGUGUGGAAGACUGGAAGUGCAGUGAGUGGGAGGUGCAGAGAUGAAGGAAUGGCAGCAAAAACAAAGACAGCACAUUUGAGGACUUGGGCUGCAAGCUGAUGAGAACCCAGUAGUUAAAAGGCUUUUCCAUGGCUGGGCUCAAUGACAGCUGCACUGACCUGGAAGUGCUCCUGAAACGCUACUACCUAUCUGUUGCUUAUGGCCUCAUCUUUGUAGUGGGCCUAGUGGGGAACAUUACAUCCAUAGGCAUCUACCUGGCAAAGCUGCGUCCAUGGAAGAGCAGCAGCAUCAUCAUGGUCAACCUGGCGCUAACGGAUCUCCUCUAUGUCCUCACCAUGCCCUUUUUGGUCUACUACUACAGCAAUGGUGAAUCGUGGAUGCUCGGCGAUUUCAUGUGCCGUUUUGUGCGGUUUGCGUUUCACUUCCAUCUGUAUGGAAGCAUCCUGUCUUUGUCCUGUGUCGCGGUUUUCCGUUUUUUGGUGGUGAUCCAGCCGCUGAGAGUGGUAGAGGUGCAACAGAAGGUUUGGGGAAUCGUUGCCUGCUUGGUUGUCUGGAUUGUCUCUGCCGCUGAAGUCACCCCAAUGCUUACCUUCAUAUCCCUGACCCACAAGGACAACAUGAAAUUUUGCAUUGACUUUGCUAGCAUAGAGUCAGUCGGUAGCAUUCGGGAGUACAACUGGCUGCUCACUGUGUUUGGGUUUGCGCUACCGUCAAUGCUGGUGUUUGUCUGUUACAUCGGCAUUGUGAAACGGCUCACUAGUGGGUCCAGCCCCACCACUUCCUGCAGGAUGCGAGCGCGGCGAGUCAUCGUCCUCAUCCUGGUGGUGUUUGCGAUGUGCUACCUGCCGUACCACAUCUUACGAGUGUUGUGGGUGGAAAUUCGAACAAAUUCAACAACAAAGUGCAUGAAAUAUGUCGUGAAUGCAGCUUAUAUUAUCUCAAGGCCUCUGGCGGGACUCAACACAUUCUUUAACCUGGCUUUGUACACUCUCUCAGGAGACAACUUCAGAAAGGCCUUUGUGGACAUUUUUUGCCGGGAACAAUGGCUCGCCAAAGCAAAGUCCCUGCUCCACCUGAACAUCGUGCACCGGGCUGAGACUGACAUGCCCGCUGCAUGACAAACAAAUAAUGACUUUUUUUUUUUAUGUAACGAAAUUACUGGAUGGACACUAUUUGUCAGCAAUUUCAGACAGUAUGUGAAUAUCACCAGAGUUUGCAUCAAUGAGAUAAUAGAUUAGCAAAUUACCUGAGUUAAUUUAAGCUUUCUAAUUGUUGCUCUGAUUAUAUGGACAAGUGGAGGUGUAUGCUUAGUCAUUUUAUCUUAGUUAAGUGGUAUGUUUCCAGUUUUGAACUAUAGCCAAUUUCUGUCACAUUUUGCUGUACCUUGCCAAAUUACUGCCUGUUAUAGAUCUUGUCACAUUAAAAUACUGUAAACAUCAAUACAUUUUUUCUAAGUUGUGAAAUGGAAAGAAGGCGACACGCUGUUUUCAAAUAUAACAAAUGAAAGUCAAAAAUGUGGAGAACAGUUGUACUGAGCACCUUUUACACUGCUUUAUUACCCCAAA